UUACUAAAAAUUUAUACAUUUACCAACACUGUUAAUAGCUGUCAUUUCGACAUUUAAAAUUUUUGUGAAAUUGCGCGAAUAUUUUAUGAAGCACUGCGCGUUAAAUUUCAGUCGAAUUUUGUUUAGAAUUUGUUGGGUUUAAAUUAAAUGCAUUAAAAUGCAACGUAGUAUUGAUUCAUUCUUUAAAAGAACAACGCAAGCAACUAAAAAGAAAGAGGAUGAGAAGUCUACACCAGUAUCAAAAAAACGUAAAUUGGUGGUGGUGUCUAGUGAUGAAGACGAAGUUCUAGAAAGUCCACAAGUAAGCAAGUCUAAAGAGCAUAAAAAACAGCAUAAAGAAGAUAAAACUAGCAGUCCAGAGAAGAAAGCGUCACUAUGGAAAUUGAAAAGUUCGCCACAAAAAAAUCUCAAACGUGUCGAUCCCAGUGUAUUGUUUGGUGGCGAAACAAAGCGUAUCGAAGCAAAAAAACCAGGAAAACCGAAGGAACAAGCUGUUAUCGACCUUGAUGAUGAUGAGAUUAAUCAAAGCCUUAUGGACACUGACGUGGAUGAACUUCUGUUAGAAGCAACAAACAGACAUGUUGAGAGAGCAAAGAACCGCGAUGAAGAAGUAGAUGAACAGGAAACACCAGUCAAAAAUACAACACCAACUACGCCAAAAACAAAGUUUAAACUGCACAUAUCCGAUCUGGAGAAUGAUUCUUCAAGUGUUAGAAAGAAAGCAAAAUUGUUACAAGAAGAAGAUCAUGAUAACAAAUCACGAAUAGAAAAGAUUACAUCGGAUGGAAAUAAAAAAGAUAAGAAAAGAUCUCCAACAAAUGAGCAAGAAAGGACCAUAUCGCAGAAGCAUGAACAGCUUAAAACUGACGAUGUUACUGAUGGCGUAAAUAAAAAUAAAUAUAUUCAAAAAGAUAAAGAGGAGUGUGUGGUAUCUUCAGCUAAAAAGGCAAAAUUAAACCAAGAAAAUCAAACAGAACAUAAAAAGACACCUAAAAGUGAUAAGAAAGAACGUAGUACACCAAAAACAAAGAAUAAUUCUUCAGAUUUGGAAACGAGUGUAUUAACGGAUGAAGAAAGACAUGAAAGAAAACGUAUGACAGCCAUCUUAUAUCAAAAAUACAAAAAUCGCUCUAGUUGUUUAAACCAUGGUUCCAAGGAAGUACCGAAGGGUAAACCAAAUUGUCUUGCCGGUUUAACAUUUUUAAUAACCGGCGUCUUGGAGUCAUUAGAACGCGAUGAGGCUGCUUCCAUUAUUAAAGAAUAUGGUGGUAAAGUUAUGUCGACAGUCGGUAAACGCUUGCAGUAUCUUAUUGUCGGUGAAGAAGCUGGUCCAAAGAAAUUGGCACAGGCUGAGGAGUUUGGCAUUACAAUUCUUAGUGAGGAUGGCUUAUUCGAUUUAAUACGCAAUAAAUCUGGCGAUAAGUCGCAUACAGCAAUUGAAGAAAAACCUACAAGUCUUAAGAAUAAAGAUAAAUCGGAUGAUAAAAUAAAAUUGAAAAAAGAAGAUUCUAUUACGCCUCAGAAAAAAUAUAAGGAAGAAAAGAAAACACCACAAAAAUUAAAUAAGACACCUACAUUCGAAAAAAUGAAAGAUAUAAAAGCUGAAUCUAAUAAUAAUCAUAAUAAUAAUAAUAAUUUGGAUAAAACUUACAAAAUAAAAUCUGAAGAAAAAUUAGAGCAAAAGCCCGCAGUUAAAAAAGAAGUAGAUGAGGACGUACUAGCUUGGGUUGAUAAAUAUAAACCCAAGACGGUUAAAGAAAUCAUCGGGCAACAGGGUGCAGCUAGCAACGUCAAUAAACUUACAAAUUGGCUAUCCAAAUGGUAUAUAAAUCAUGACGGUAAAAAGAAGCUGCAAAAACCUAACCCAUGGACCAAAAAUGAUGACGGCAGUUAUUAUAAGGCUGCUUUACUUUCAGGACCUCCAGGCAUAGGUAAAACUACUACAGCUACACUUGUGUGCAAGGAAUUGGGUUUUGAUACGGUCGAAUUCAAUGCCUCAGAUACUCGCAAUAAGCGUCUACUUAAAGAACAAGUUGCUGAAUUACUCACAAAUAAAUCUCUUUACGGCUUCUGUCAUGGUAGUUCACAGGCAGUAAGCAAAAAACAUGUACUAAUAAUGGAUGAAGUUGAUGGUAUGGCUGGUAAUGAGGAUCGUGGUGGUAUACAGGAGUUAAUAGGUCUAAUUAAAGAGAGUUCAGUGCCAAUUAUUUGCAUGUGUAAUGAUCGUAAUCAUCAGAAAAUGCGCUCGUUAGUAAAUUAUUGUUAUGAUUUACGUUUUAAUAGGCCGAAUAUAACACAAAUCAAAGGUGCCAUAAUGACCAUUUGUUUUAAAGAGAAACUCAAAAUGGAUCCCAAAAAAGUUGAAGAAAUUAUAGCAGCUACAAACAAUGAUAUACGACAGACCAUAAAUCAUAUAUCUUUAUUGAGUGCAGGUAAAAAAUUGAAUUUGGAAUCAAGCGGCAAUAAAACUGAUGAUAAAGUUGCACAGAAAGAUCUUAAAUUGGGUCCUUGGGAAGUAGCACGCAAAGUAUUUUCAGCAGAAGAGCAUAAACAUAUGUCUCUAUAUGAUAAAUGCGAUUUAUUCUUUCACGAUUACAGUUUGGGUCCAUUGUUUGUGCAGCAAAAUUACUUGCAAGUUAUACCGGCAGGUCCAAAAAAAGAUAUAAUAAAUAAAGUGGCAUUAACGGCCGAUGCUCUAAGUUUAGGCGAUUUGGUUGAAAAACGUAUUCGUUCAAAUAAUGCUUGGUCUCUGCUACCUACACAAGCUGUUUUCAGUUCAGUUAUGCCUGGUGAAUACAUGUCUGGCAUAUUUACUAGUCAAAUAAAUUUUCCCGGCUGGCUCGGAAAAUAUUCACGCGCCAAUAAACGCAAGCGUUUAGCACAGGAAAUACAUGAUCAUACACGUAUACGUACAUCAGCUUCGCGACAAUCUAUACGUUUAGAUUAUGCACCACAUCUACUAGCAAAUAUAGUGCGACCACUCAAGGAGCACGGCGCAGAAGGUGUUGAAAAUUCCUUAGAUGUUCUCAAAGAAUAUCAUUUAUUACGUGAGGAUAUUGAAUCAUUAAUAGAACUUACCACUUGGCCGGGUAAAAAAUCUUUAAUGGAUGCUGUUGAUGGACGAGUUAAGGCAGCACUUACUCGUUCUUACAAUAAGGAGGUAUUAGCUUAUACUUAUUCAGCUUCAGUAGGUAUUAAAAAAAAGAAAGCUGAAACAACUGAUGAUGAUGAUAUAUAUGGAGUGGACGGUGAAGGUGAUGCUGUUGUGGAAUCAGAUGAUGAAAAAGAUGAUAAUGUGGAAAAUGAUGCACUCAUAAAGAUGAAAAAGAAAACAACUACCACAACGAGUGCCGGAAAAGCCAGUUCUUCUAAAGCAACUAAAAAGACUGGAACUACAGCACCGAAAGCAAAAGCCUCUUCAUCGAAAAUUAAAAAAUAAGAAUUUCAUAUGUCAUAUUAUUACUUUUAUUACUUUUAUUAUUUAAGAUAAAACUCAUAUGCAUUCGUGUAGAAUUAUUAAAUCAUGAAUUAAAAUAUUCGUCAAAAUUUGUUAAGAUAUUUAUA